CCCGUUUCAGGCCCGUUGGCACCAGGCUAACAGCUCCUCAACAUCGGCGGCCCUGGACGCCGCUGGCGGCCCGCCCUAGGCAGCCCGGCCCCACCAAGCCCGGCCCUCCCAGUCCCACCAGCAUGGAUGCUGUUCACCUCGGGGAAGACCUAGAGGAUAAAGACACAGCGUUCACCUGGGUGGUGAAGGCCAACAACCGCGCCUACCACAAGCAGUUCAGGGAGAAGGGUUUCCUGUGCUGGAGACAGAGGAAGUACAAGGGCAACGCCAUCCACACAGCCAAGUACAACUUUUUCUCCUUCCUGCCCCUGAACCUGUUUGAGCAGUUCCAUCGUACAUCUAAUCAAUACUUCCUUCUCAUCAUCAUCCUGCAGAGCAUCCCUGAGAUCUCCACCAUACCCUGGUUCACCCUGUUUGCACCUCUGGUCUGCCUGCUUGUGAUCCGAGCCACCCGUGACCUGGUGGAUGACAUUGGUCGACACAGGAGCGAUAAGAUCGUCAACAACAGGCCAUGCCAGAUCCUGCGGGGGAAGAGUUUCCUGUGGAGGAAAUGGAAGAACCUGUGUGUGGGAGACGUGGUGUGCCUCAGCAAAGACAGCAUCGUCCCGGCCGACAUGCUCCUGCUGGCCAGCACAGAACCAAGUAGCCUGUGCUACGUGGAAACUGCAGACAUUGAUGGGGAGACCAACUUGAAGUUCAGACAGGCUCUGGUGGUCACACACCAUGAGCUUACCAGCCCGAAGAAGAUGGCUUCCUUCCAGGGUACAGUGACUUGUGAGGAACCCAACAGCCGGAUGCAUCACUUUGUGGGGACCCUGGAGUGGAACAGCAGGAAGUACCCACUGGACAUCGGGAAUCUCCUCCUGCGUGGCUGCAAGAUUCGCAACACAGACACCUGCUAUGGCCUGGUCAUCUAUGCUGGGUUAGACACAAAGAUCAUGAAGAACUGUGGUAAGAUCCAUCUGAAGAGGACCAAGCUGGACCUGCUGAUGAACAGGCUGGUGAUCCUGAUCUUCAUGUCCCUGGUGGUCGCGUCCCUGGUGCUAACACUGGGCUUCGCCCUCAUGGUGAAAGAUUUCCAAGGCAAACACCACUACCUGUUUGCACUGCACACGUGGACAGCAGCCAUGGAGUCUUUCUUAAUUUUCUGGGGCUUCCUCAUCUUGCUCAGCGUCAUGGUACCCAUGGCCAUGUUCAUCAUUGCAGAGUUCAUCUACCUAGGCAACAGCUUUUUCAUCAACUGGGACAUCAACAUGUACUAUGAGCCUCUGGACAUGCCGGCCAAGGCCCGCAGCACCAGCCUCAAUGACCAGCUGGGUCAGGUGCAGUACAUCUUCUCAGACAAGACAGGGACGCUGACACAGAACAUCAUGACCUUCAAGAAGUGCUGCAUUAAUGGCUGCAUCUAUGAUUCGGAUGAUGAACAUGGUAUCCUCCGAAAGCGGAACCCAUAUGCCUGGAACCAGUUCGCGGACGGCAAACUCCUGUUCUACAACAAGGAGCUGGAGUACCUCGUGCGAGGCCAGCAGGAUGCCAUGGUGCAGGAGUUCUGGCGUCUUUUAGCCAUCUGCCACACCGUGAUGGUACAGGAGAAAGACCACCAGCUGCUGUAUCAGGCUGCCUCCCCUGAUGAGGAGGCACUGGUCACUGCUGCCCGGAACUUUGGCUACGUGUUUUUGUCUCGGACCCAGGACACCAUCACCCUGGUGGAGCUGGGGGAGGAACGGGUCUACCAGGUUCUGGCCAUGAUGGAUUUCAACAGUGUUCGAAAACGGAUGUCAGUGUUGGUCCGCAACCCAGAGGGCUCCAUCUGCCUGUACACUAAGGGUGCCGACACAGUCAUCCUGGAGCGCCUCCAAAAGAAGGGGGCCGUGGAGGAGACCACAGAGGAAGUCUUGGCUUCCUUCGCAGAGCAGACCCUGCGCACCCUGUGCCUGGCCUACAAGGAGGUGGAGGAGGAGGAGUACAAACAGUGGGAACCCAAGCACCUGGAGGCCACCCUCCUGCUGCAGAACCGCGCGCAGGCCCUGCACCAGGUGUACAACAAAAUGGAACAGAACCUGCAGCUGCUGGGAGCCACGGCCAUUGAAGACAAACUGCAGGAUGGUGUUCCUGAGACCAUCAAGUGCCUCAAGAAGGGGAACAUUAAAAUGUGGGUGCUGACCGGGGACAAGCCAGAGACUGCAGUGAACAUCGGCUUCGCGUGCAAGCUGCUGUCGCAGAACAUGCUCAUUCUGGAAGAUAAGGACAUCAAUCGUUUGCUGGAGAACUACUGUAGGAACGAAAGCGAACAGCAGAGGGCAUUCAAGGUGAUGACCCACCAAAACAUGGCCUUGAUUAUCAAUGGAGAGUUCUUGGAUCAGCUGCUUCUGUCCUUGCGCAAGGAGCCCCGAGCUCUGGUCCAGAAUGCAGUGGUGGAUGAGGUCCCUCAGGAGGUGGGUCUGUCCAGGAUGGACUUCCUCCAGGCGCGGAGGAUCUCCCAGAUGUGGCGAACCAUUGGAUCCUCCCUGACACAGUCCCCGUCAGUCACCUCCAAGAUCCAGGAGAGCCCCGAGGUGCAGCGGGAGAGGGCCUUUGUAGAGCUGGCCUCCAGAUGUCAGGCUGUCAUCUGCUGCAGGGUGACGCCCAAGCAGAAGGCCCUGGUGGUGGCGCUGGUGAAGAAGUACCAGCAGGUGGUGACGCUGGCCAUCGGAGAUGGCGCCAACGACGUGAACAUGAUCAAGACUGCUGACAUCGGCGUGGGGCUGGCGGGUCAGGAGGGCAUGCAGGCCGUUCAGAACAGCGACUACGUGCUGGCCCAAUUCUGCUACCUGCAGCGGCUGCUCCUUGUGCACGGGCGCUGGUCCUACAUGAGAGUCUGCAAGUUCCUGCGUUACUUUUUCUACAAGACGGUGGCCAGCAUGAUGGCCCAGAUAUGGUUCUCCAUGUUUAGCGGCUUCACUGCGCAGCCCCUGUAUGAAGGCUGGUUCCUGGCUCUCUUUAACUUGCUGUACUCGACGCUCCCGGUCCUGUACAUGGGUCUGUUUGAGCAGGACCUGACUGCUGAGAAGAGCCUGAAGAUGCCCGAGCUGUAUAUGGCUGGCCAGAAAGAUGAGCUGUUCAACUACAGCGUCUUCCUGCAAGCCAUCUUCCAUGGCGCACUGACAUCUUUCAUCAACUUCUACGUGCCGGUGCUCCUCAGCAGUGACAUUUCCAAGUUUGGCGCCUCUAGUGACUACCAGUCGCUUGGUGUACUGGUGGCACUCUCUGGGCUGCUGUCUAUCACCCUAGAGGUGAUUCUUAUCAUCAAGUACUGGACGCUCCUGUGUGUGGUCAGCAUCCUGCUCAGCCUUGGCUCCUACGUCAUCAUGACAAGCCUCACUCAGAGCCUCUGGCUGUAUAAGAUCUCGCCAAAGACCUUCCCAUUUCUGUUUGCUGAUUACAAUGUGAUCACUCAGCCCGCCAACCUGCUGGUGAUUGUGCUCAACGUGGCUGUGAACACAUUACCCGUCCUGGCCUUGCGCAUGAUCCUCAGAGCUGUAAAACAGCGCCCUAAGAAGAAGGGCAAGGAGAAGGAGGAGGCGGAGGAGGAGCCAAGCGAGGAGGCAGAGGUGGGGACUACGGCGAAGGUCCUCCGCCGGGGCAUCCCAACCCGCAGAUCCAGCUACGCCUUCUCCCACCGCGAGGGCUACGCCGACCUGAUCACCCAGGGCACCAUCCUGCGCAGGUCCCCCGGGGACAUCAGCGGGGACACCAUCCUCGAGUCCCCGAACCCGUCGGAGGAAGACCUGCCCUCGAGCCGCAAGGAGUCGAUUUUCAGUCCGCGGAAGAUCUCCAUCCUGGCGAGGAUGAAGCGCCAGCACCGCGGCCAGGGGUCCCAGGAGGAGGUCGGCACGGACGCGGGCUCGCAGACAGGGAAGAAGCCGGCCCCGCAGCGCCGGGACGCGCAGAAGCCGCCCGCCUCCGACGGCAGCGCCACCUCGCCGGCGGUCACGUCGCUGCAGGCGUCCUCGUCGGACGACCAGGCCUUCCACAGCGCGCCCUCCGAGUACACGCUGGCCAGCCAGUCCGAGCGCCUGGACGUGAGGACCGCGUCCUUGAGGACGCUUCCCUGGAAGGACCCCGCGUCCCCCAGGCCCAGCCUGCUGCAAGUCCCCGCGAAGAAGCACAGCCACAGCUCGAGCUGACCCCUCGGGGCCAUCGCCCGCAGAGUCCCCGCCACCGUCCCGCGGGGCGGUCACCUGGGGGGGCGCAGGAGCCCGCGGCGGCGGCGGCGGCGGCCGUGUCGCGCCCGGCGUGGAAGGGCACAGCAGCUGCCCGGGUCCCCGCACAGUAGGGGUAGCCAGUCAGCCAGCAGCAUCCAGAGACAACAGGGGGCCGCACCCUCGCCUUUUUCUAAUAAAACAGGGUCCCUCUGACCCCGGAGCUUCUUUGGA